AUACGAGACACAGACACGAGGGACAUUAUAGUUGCGUUAAUGGGACCAACUGGUUCUGGGAAAAGUUCGUUCAUAGACAAAGCCACGGGGUGCACGGGUGCGGGUGUUGGACAUGAUUUAACGUCGUGCACAAGUGAGAUCAAGGUCACAAGAUGUGUGGUUGAACAAUCCAACGUAGUUCUGGUAGACACUCCCGGGUUCGAUGGUACAAUGAAAUCCAACUUGAAGGUCCUGGAUAUGAUUUCCGACUGGCUGAACACAGAAUACCAGACCGGGGCCACGCUUUCGGCCCUUCUUUACUUUCAUCGCAUAUCGGACAACCGAAUGGCUGGGCUCCCAUUGGGGACUCUUCGAAUCUUCCGAAAGCUGUACGGAGAAAGUUCCAUGCAGGAUGUUACCCUGGUCACUACGAUGUGGGAUGAAGUGGAAGACGACGUUGGCCAGCAGCGGCUGGCGGAGCUCAAGGAGAGUUAUUGGAAGAUGAUGAUAUCGCAAGGUGCUAUGUCGUUUGAGCAUAUGAACACCCAAGCAUCAGCCAUGCAGUUACUUGUAUCCAUUGUCCACCGGAAGAGGGUGCAAGAAGGAGUCCUGCUGCAACAGGAGAUUUCGGAUUUGAAGUUGGAGUUGCGGGAGAUUGCCACUGGGCCGGCACUGUGCUCUCAUCUGGAAGACCUCGCAAGGAGGCAGAUGGAGGCGCUUCGAAGAAUCGAAGUUGCACGCAAGGGAGCAGACGAGAAGACCUUCCUAGACCUCUGCAAAGAAUAUGCUCAAGUGAAGUCUCAACUCAACGCUGCUUUGGUCGAGGCGCGAGCGUUGAGGAUGCCGCCCCGAAAUACCCUGAGCAAAGGUAUCCGCAUAGUAUGGAGAAUGAUUGGGGGUGAGAAGAUGGUGAAGGGUCGAAGAUCCAUGUGAUGAGAUGGGUGGAUUCAUGAUAUUUAUUUUCCUUUGUCACUUUCGAUUCCUACCUCACGUUCUUACAUAAGUGCUAUUUCCCAUUCCACUCCAUUGACUGACUUCGAGUUGUUGCAUUCCAUCAAGAUCUCCGAAC